AUGGCGACGACGGCCGCUGCCGCGGGCCGCCCCACGGGCGUCGCAGAGUGGGGAUGCGGGCGCGAGCUUCGGGUGGACGGCGGCCCGACCGAUGGCGCCGACACGGACGCGGAGAUGUUCGGCGCUGCCUCCAGCCGCGGCAUCGAACGUGACUGCCCGACGCCGCACGAUAGAGACCAGCAGACCAGCUCGCGCGACAUCGCGGCCAUCCAGGCGAAGAUGAGGGCACGGGAUGCCAGGUUGAGGGCGCUCCAGUCUGGGCGGGGGGCGUCGUCGGCUGCCAGCACGGCCGCAGGCUCUCGACAUGGUCCAGGCUCGGUCAUGGGUGCUCAGCCCGACCCGUGGAUGGCCUACCACAUGCAGAGAGGCGGAGCGCCCCCGCCGAGCGGCCACGCGCAGGACAGGCCGUCGUGCGGGCUCGGGGAGAAUGCCAAGCACGUGGUCUUCGUGGCUUGUUUCCCUGGCGCGUGGGAUACAGAGGAGGCGAAGGUCGUCUUCGCCGGCAAUCAGCAGAUAUGGAGUCUCAUGAAGCGCUUGAAGGAGCUGGAGAUCUCUUGCCCUGGCGCAAAGACUGACAGGUUGUGGCACACGGUGGAUCAGGAGCCGCGCGAGGCCCCGGAGGUGAAGUUCUCCGACGCGGGGCGGCGCAGGGGCCAGGCCAAGGGCAUCCUGGCGAUCCUGACGGACAUCAUCGAGGACCUGCAGGGCGAGAUCGCCCUGGGCAGGAAGCAGGAGGAGGUCGCGCAGCUCGAGCACGAGAAGCAG